AUGAUUCAGGUGGAGUCCGUGGAGGAGAUCUACGCGACCUUCUUGAAGACCUCGAAAGUCGACAGUAAAAAUCUUUCGUGGUUCGUUAAGUACCUAAAAACGUAUAAGUUCAUCUAUCGCAGAUAUGUCAAGAGCCUUCGAAGCCUCAUGCUGAAGAUGCAUCGAGCCCCGAUGCUCACGGAGACAACAGCGGCAUCGGAAAACAACAUCUACAAGUCCAUCCUCGGCACUGUGAACGCUGCCGAAGAGCACACAAGAAUUGUUGAAACAGACUUUUCGCUAAUUCAGGAUGCGGUUGGAGCAUAUUUGAAGAGGCUCGCCCAGCUAAAGAAGACGUACAGAAUGAUACUGAGCCUUCAAAGGCAGAAGAAAAACGACAACAAUUCCGGGAAGAGGGCCCUUGAUCAGGAUGAAAUCGACAAGCAUAAGGACGCCUGGAAGCGCGACGUGUACGAGUCUUUCAAGGUCCGAACGAAGAUCUAUACGAAGAUCAAAACCAUAAAGCUGGACUUCGAUUUCAGCAAGGGUACCGCUCCAGAUUCUAAGGCGGAAAAACAACCACCUGAUCACUCUGUCGCUGAGGACCAAGCAAUCCCAGGUAAGGGUCCUAAUUGUGACAGCAGCUUGAUCUUUCCUGAGGCUGCUGCAGACCCGUCCGGCGCCCUACCCAGCUUCUGCACUGCGGCAUACUUUGAGCCGAGCUAUUCAAUGGCAACGAAGCGUUCGCCUUAG